UGAAGAUAUAGUGGGUACGUACUGUGCUGUCUCUAACAGCGUUGCUGCGAGACCUGCGAGACCCUGAACUGCAUGUACCCUCUGACCACCACUUAACACCGAGACCCCCCCUUCUUCGCCCGAGUUACUCGGACUCGACUCUUUCAUUUCAUAUAAGAGUUUAAGCAUGCCUCAGUGACGCAUUGUAACCAUCUUCUAUCUACUCAUUCCGUGUUUAUCGUGGGAAAUAAGAUAUUUCAUCUUUAAAUCCUAAAAUUCUGGAAUAAGUCUUCGUGGGAUACCAGAUACAUCGAUCUCCCGAUCCUGCAUAUAAGAACCCGAAUCUUCGGGUCCUUGCGUGGUGCACUGCAGAGCAAACAAAUAAAUUUUUUCCCAACUCGGUUUUCUUUGUCCACACCCUUGGAACCAUCAAAAUGGCGUCCCCUACUUACCAAACCCAUGAGGCGAAAUUUUCGAUCUCUCAUAAGUCCUCACAAAGCAAGAUGCCUGGAUACGAAUCAGAGGCGUCGACCAUGGGAGGCGCAUCAUCCGAACUGCCCAAAGACUCGAUCGACCCGAGUCCGUACCAUUCCAGGCCGUCCCUCGAGCGUAUCCCGUCGCAAACUGGCUCGACUAACGCGAACAUCUUCCCUGAUCCCGAAAAUGUGGUCGAAGCUGAUAUGGAGAAAGGCGGCGUAGCACCACCUCACCCGUCUGGCCCUCCCGGCUUCAACCCGGCUGAUUUCCCGGAUGGCGGCGUCGAAGCUUGGCUCGUAGUCGCCGGCGGCUUCUGCGCGCUGUUCAGCACAUUCGGUCUCGUCAACUGUGUCGGCGUGUUCGUCAAUUACUAUGUCGAGGGUCCCUUGUCGAAUUACAGCUCUUCGACCGUCAGUUGGAUCACCUCGCUCCAGGUCUUCAUGAUGUCGGGAUUGAACGCGGUUAUGGGUCGAUUGUACGAUAGCUACGGCCCCAAGUACCUCCUCUUCAUCGGAACCCUAGUGUACGUUUUCGGCAUGAUGAUGCUCUCCCUCUCGACGGAGUACUACCAGAUCAUUCUAUCGCAAGGCAUCGUCAGCGCCGUCGGCAUGAGCGCCGUGUUCAACUCAGCCACGAACUCAGUCAUGGGCUGGUUCUUCAAGAAGCGAGCAGCAGCCCUCGGCAUCAUGGUAUCCGGCUCCUCCCUCGGCGGCGUCAUCCUCCCCAUCAUGAUGGAACACCUCAUCCCGAAACUCGGCUUCGGCUGGACCAUGCGCAUUCUCGGCUUCAUGUUCCUAGCUCUCUGCGGCUUCGCCUGCUUCACGGUCAAGUCCCGUCUCCCACCGCGCAAGAAGCCCUUCCAUGUGAUGGAAUACGUGCGUCCUCUAGGCGAACCCGCCUUCCUGUGCAUCGUCUUCGCCGCCUUCUUCUUCUUCUGGGGCAUGUUCCUGCCCUUCAACUACAUCGAGCUGCAAGCCCGCCAACAGGGCAUCAGCCCAGCCAUCAUCCCCUACCUCCUCCCCAUCAUCAACGCCGUCAGUAUCCCCGGCCGUAUCCUCCCCGGCUUCCUAGGCGACCGCUUCGGGCGCUUCAACGUCAUGAUCUUCAUCUCGGGGCUCUCCGGCGUAAUCACCCUCGCAUUAUGGGUCCCGGGCCGCUCGACCGCGACGACCGUCGUCUACGGCGCCGUCUUCGGCUUCGCGUCCGGCGGCUUCAUCUCCCUGCUCCCCGCCGUCGUCGCGCAGAUCAGCGAUAUCCGCGAGAUCGGCACGCGCACCGGCAUCGCGUUUUUCUUCGCGGCUUUGGGAGCCCUUACGGGUUCGCCUAUCGGUGGUGCUAUUGUGAGUGCCCAGGCGGGGAAGUUUUUGGGCUUGCAGCUUUUCUGUGGGAUUGUGAUGACGAUGAGUAUGGUUUGGUUUAUUGCGAGUCGUACGCUGCAGGUUGGGUUGAAGUAUACGAAGAUUUAGGGGGCUGUUUGGGGAUGGGGAGGGGGGGGUUGUUAGAGGAACUCUGGGUUUAUGUGCUGGACCUGGCUGGUAGAUACCCGAGUGGAUGACGGCUUGGUGGCGGCCGGGUUUGACUUUGAGGUGGUGGGUUGGUGAGACCUAUGAGUGCAUUGGCGGCGUUUCGGUUGCUUUGGCUGGAUGAUAUCUAUGCCGUGUUGUCUUGGCACGCUGGCAGUCUCGACUCUUGAGAUACUUUCUUCUUUCUAUACCCUAUGAAUAAAGAAACUUGUAAUGAUGGGUGGAUAUGUGUUCUGGUGAAUGAUCAUCUGCUUGUUUCUUAUUAAGGGACUUACGUGCCUAUCGUUUUCUUUUAAGAAUAUCC